AUGACUAAAUUUUUCUACAGCUUGGAGAUAAAUCAAAAAGUUGAAGUCACUGCUGUUAGAUCAUGUUCCAAAAGAUACGAGCUGAAAUGCAUAGUAGACAAAUGUGGUUGGAAUGUACGUGCUACCAGAAUAAAAAUUUUCACACUGUUCAGGGUGAUAAAAUAUCAUAACAUCCAUGAAUGCUCGGUUGAUGCAAGAAAAUCAGAUCAGAAGCAUGCUACAUCAAACUUUAUAAGUGAACAAAUUAUAGAAAAUGUUCGAGACAAAAAGAUAGAGGUUACACCAGCCUUUGUAGAAAAUGAAAUGAAAAAGAAAUUUGGAAUUGACAUUGGUUAUCACAAGGCAUGGUGUGCUAUUCAAAAAGUUGUUGCUUGCAUAAGGGGAACACCUGAAGAGAACUACCAAAUUCUUCCUUCAUACCUACACAUGAUGGUGGCCAAACACCCACGAACAUACACAAGCAUAAAAAGAGAUGCGCAGAAUAGAUUUGCUUACUUGUUCUUCGCUCCUGCGGCAUCAGAAGAUGGUUGGUCCUACUGUAGACCCGUUAUUGCAGUAGAUGCAAUGUUUUUGAAGUCAAAAUAUCGAGGUGUUCUAUUUGUUGUUGUAUCAAAGGAUGCAAACAAUCAAAUCUUUCCUCUAUGUUUUGGUGUAGCAGAUUCAGAAAACAAUGAGGCAUACAUUUGGUUCUUCAGGGAAAUGAGAAAAGCAAUUCAAGUCCAUCGUGAACUGGUUUUCUUGUCAGAUAGAAACCAAUCGAUCGCAAAUGGUAUUAGAAAAGUUUUUCCUGAAGCUCACCAUGGCUUACAAGUUUUGUUGCAUUUUAAAAAAGUACGCAAUGACUUCUGCGAGAAAAAACUUCAGGUUACAAGAAAUUGA